GUUCAGCUUCUGGUCCAUUUUAUAAUCCCUCCACCAGCUUCUCCUUUAUUACUUGGGCGAUGUGGGACAACAGCAACAAGUCUUAUCUCACAAUUGUAUUGUAUUCUGCGCCUUCCCAUUCAACAGCCACCGGCUUUAUCCAACAAAAUUGCGUUUUUAUUAUGGGUAAUGAUCUUCUGAACUUUUAUGAGUUGCAAUUUAGUUUUCCAAUUACCCACCAAAGAAUUUAAGGCUACAAGCUCAUAAUAAAAUGGACAAGCUCAUAACCCCUGGCUCCUCUGUUCUCGACCUCGGCUGUGCUCCCGGCGCUUGGCUUCAGGUGGCUUGCCAGAGUUUGGGUCCCCUAAAAAAUGGCGGCCUUGUUGUCGGGAUUGAUCUCAAGCAGAAAGGGUUUUCUGUGGUGCUGUCGGGUAUGUGUCCCCUCGUUUCUGGAAUCUCAAGUAGAGAUGCAGCUUUAUCGCUCGAGUUAGGCAUGCAAGCACUGAAUGUGGCUGUUGGUGGAGCAGCCUUAGCUCAUUCAAACAACGAAAUUCAAACGGAGGAAAGUAAUGUUGGGGCAACUACGAGUUCAGAUGAUAACGGUGUAUUGCGAAGGGGAGGCAAUCUUGUGAUAAAGCUUUUAGAGAGUGAAGAUGUGCAAGAAAUCAAUCAGAUUUGCAAACCGCUGUUUAGAAAGGCGUCGUUGUUGAGGCCGAAAGCUACUGAUGUUAUUUGGUUUUCACUUCUAUAUGCACGAACCAAGUUGUGAUGGCAUGCACAUUUCUCAUGUUCUUGGUCUUAAAAGAAGGAUGAGAAAAAGAAAAACAGCAAGGAUGAAGGAAUUGACGAAACUUACGAAGACAGAGAGCUCCGGGAAUGAACACUGAAAAUGUAUAUAUUUGAAUUUCUUAAUCGUUAGGGUUUGCAUGGCACACCAGAUACCACUUUACAAACUUCAAAACUUCGUGUGGGAUUAACAAGAACCAAAGAAAAAGAAGUAAAUUUGUGCCUUUCACUACUGAUAAAUUACAGUAUUCUUCUGACCGGAAAGAAUAAGAGUAUCUCCAUUUACAAGAUAUCGCUUCAUGUGUAUGUGCAAGAGAGAAUCAUCGAAUCUGAGUUCGUCCUAGUGACCAAAGACCGGUAUCCUUCACUGACGUCUGAAAUACCAAACAAAAAGAAAAAGGAUCAGAAAAGCAGUGAUAACGUAUUUUGGAGGGAAGAUAAGGCAGCUUAAAAUUUUGAUCAGUGUAAAGAUUGGAUCAUGAUAUCCAUGCUUACAUGUGUCUUCACAGAUGGAAAGACGUUCCAGAAUCUUAGAGUCUCAUCCCCGGCACCAGUGACUAUUGUCUGUGGUAAAAGAGAUUUCAUUUGAGCUUGUUAGAACUGAGAUCUCGGCAUUAGCAACUAGAAAUUGUGCACAUACGUAUCGGGGGCAAAAAUGGUGCAAUACCUGACCAUCCGGUGACAUUGCAAGGUACAAAACUCGCAUGCUAUGACCGGUUAGAUUGGCAACCUGUAAGUACAUUCGAAUAGGAGUUGGAUACAAAGAUUAUAACCAGAAAAAUGCACUUUUUUUCUGAAUUUUCUUAUGCUUCGAGUUGAGGUAAAGUUUUACAAAGUUUAAAAUCACUAGAAUGCAAACCUUUCCCAUGGAUGGAUACUUCCACACCAUAAUUUGAUUCUGGGAAUACCCAUGAGUGCUGACUAUCUCAUUGACAUUCUUACUCCAUGCAAGAUUGCAGACCUACAAGUCGACUUGUGUGAGUUGAGGGUAUUCUCCUUUAUUCCCAUACGCAUAAACAGAAACAAAAGUCUACCUGGCUUCCUGUGUCGAUGCUGUUCAAUUGGUGGCCGUUUGUAGUGUUCCAGAACCGAAUACAUCUGUCAGCAGUUCCGCCUCCAGAUGCAAGAAGGCCACUCUGGUGGGGUGACCAAGCAAUGGCCUUGACUGCAGCUGUGUGCUCUGUCAGUCUCAAAGCCGGUUGCUGAGACUGCUGGUUCCAGACCAAGAGCUGCUCACCACAAGCCACUAAGUAAGUAAGCCAUUGACUAAAGCAUAAGAGAGCAAGAGAAGAGAACACGAAUGUGGAAAAGAAUAAACACAAGUUUGUAAUGGCUACCUGAUUAUCAUUGCCACCGGAUGCAAGUUCCCUGUCAUCGUUGGACCAUUUCAGCCCACAUACCUGAAUAAUUGAAAUUCGAAGAAAAGUUAA